AUGGAGCCCCCGAGCGCCUGCAUCGACAUGAAGAGCGCGGUCGCCUCCUCCACCUCCUCCAGCCAAAGCUCUGGUGACUCUGAUACCAAGAAGAAGCAGCAGCAGCAGCAGAAAAGGGACGUGUUCCGCUCGUGUUCCGUGGUUCCCGAAUACUUUACGCGAGUGGUGGACUGCCGCCAAAUGGACUUGGACGCAGCUUUCUACCAGCUCGUGACGCUCUGUGUGCAGCCUUCGAAGGUCUAUAAGAGCGCCUACUAUCGGAAACAGACGAAGAACCGCUGGGCACGAGACGAUCCGGCUUUUGCUGUCAUUCAAGUGGGGUUCCUGCUCGUAGCGACAGUGGCUUGGGCUAUUGCAUUUCGUGUGGACAGUGCAGCCAAGUGCGCCAUGCUGCUACUUCAUGCUGUGCUGGUUGAAUGGCUCGGCUAUGGACUCGUGAUUGCCACGUUGGGCUGGCGGCUGGCCAAUUACAAUUUACGUCAGAAGCACAACCGUGGCAUGAGCGACGCUCUGUUUGUCGAACAGCGCGUCGAGUGGCAGUUUGCCUUUGAUAUUCAUUGCAACUCGUUCUUCAUUCUGUUCCUCUUUCUCUACGUGCUGCAGUUCUUGCUCGUGCCGUUGCUCACGUCCGACUCGUUCGUGGUACUGCUGGUUGGAAACCUCCUCUAUUCACUCGCUUGGGGAUUCUACACGUAUAUCACGUUCCUGGGCUACAUGGCCUUGCCGUUCCUUCACCGGACAGAGCAACUGUUGCUGCCGCUUAUCAUAAUCACUGCACUCUUCAUAUCCACGUUGGUGCUGCACGCAGUAUUCGGUGCUCGGAUCAACUUUGUGCACAUAGCCACGCACUAUUAUUAUGCCUCGUAG